CAUACAUGUAGCAAUAACUAAACCCCUUAACUCACAUGCAUGGUAAAUCUGCUAUUUCAGUAAAAGAAAUGGUUGGCGAGUCUCAUCAUCCUUUUAUAUAUUCGGCAAAUCGAAAGCCGUCUGGUCCUGUCCAAGAUAGCCAUCCACGCCAGAGCGCCGGUCAAAAUUCCCCUGAGAAAAAACCAUUAGCAUCGUCCCAGUAGAGAGAGAAAGAGGGUUUUCCAUGCCAAAAAUCAGACGUUAAAAUAUUUCCAUAUCCGGCCAUUGGGAAGGUGGUUUUGUCGAAAACCCACUGAUUCCCAUGCGGUUUACCGCGCGCCCACAGUCAUCUAACAACUCCUCUAUCUCCACUCUCUUUCUUCUGUCACUUCUGAUCUCUCUGCAAAAUCCAUAGCGAUUUUUCAGAGCUCUGAUGAUGCAGAAACAAAGCAUAAAACGUAUAGGGAAAGUGUAACGCACUAAUAAAGAAGUACAGAAGGAAGAGAAACUGAACAUGUUUUUUGUUUCUCUUUUCUUUUCUUUAGGCUGCUGAGGGUUGAGUUGAUGGGUUGGGUUUGGUUGGGAGUUGUGGUUGUUGUCUGCGUCUUCAAGGGUUUUUGAUUUUUGAUUUUUUUUUUUUGGUGUAUUAGAAAAGAUAAAGGAAGUGGGGGAGGAAAAAGAAAGGAAAAGAAGGAAAAGCAAAGCAGAGAGAAAAAAAAAAAGGGUUGUUUACAGUGGAACAAAAAAACAAAACCUUGUUUGGGCUGCUCUCUGAAGCAUUGCACGUCUGGUCUCAUUGAUUGGGACUCUUUUGAGGCCAUCUUCCAUGUCUCUUCCGACCCCAGUUGGAUUCUGCCUGAUAAAUUGAAGAAUCAAAGUGGCGAGAUAUUCGGGAGAUCAACUUCAAUUAAUCCUUCUUCUUCCUCCUCUCAAUUAUUCCUUCUUCUUCUUUUUUUUUUUUUAAUAAAAAAUGGCAGCCACUGAGUUGUAGCUAACAGAGUCCCUUCUCACGGAUUCCAGUUUGGCCUUUUUGUUUUCUGGGUUUGUAAAGAUGGUAGCUUUUUUCUGCAAGCUCUAACUCUUAUCUGAGAAUCAAAAUCCCUACUUCUCUUUUUUUUUUUUUUUAAUAGCUGAAAGGUAGCUUUGAUCAUAAAUUCCUAGUAUCCAUGGCGGUUUCUUGCUAAAAGCUCGACUUUCCCAGGUGGG